AUGGAUGACCUCCCCAAUGACGCACGCUCUAAGGAAGUCGUGAGGCUCUGGAGAGCAUGGAAGACGGUGCAUGAGAUGGUGGCUGACCGAGAAUACGAACUCGCCGAGGAUGAAAUCAGCAUCUCCCUUGACCGUUUCCGCAACGAAUUCUGCAAUCCCGACGGCAGUGUCAACCGCGGCAAGCUUCAGUUCUCCGCCCGCCCGUCCGACGCGAUGCUUCGCAAGCACACCCCUCCCGCCACCGACGCCAACCCAGACCCGGUCCCCGACUGCGGCCCUAUCUGGGUCGAGUUCCUCGCCGACAAGCAGUUCGGCGUCGCCCAGAUCCGCCAGUUUGCCAAGUACACCAUCACCAACAACUACAAGACCGGCAUCAUGGUCACCCACGUCGCCCUCUCGCCCGCCGCCCGCAAGUCGCUCGCCUCCGUCGAGAACCUCGCCAAGAUUGAGUGCUUCCUCGAGGACGACCUGCUCGUCAACAUCACCCACCACGAGCUCGUGCCCCGCCACGUUCUGCUCUCCCGCGAGGAGAAGAUCGCCCUGCUCAAGCGCUACCGCCUCAAGGAGACCCAGCUGCCGCGCAUCCUCGCCAAGGACCCGGUCGCCCGCUACCUCGGCCUGAAGCGCGGGCAGGUGGUCAAGAUCAUCCGCGUCAGCGAGACGGCGGGUCGCUAUGCCAGUUACAGACUGUGCGUCUAG